GCAUAUAUAAUGAUCAGUAAAUAAUAAUGAGAGUUAAUAAUAUGAAAGAUUUAUAGUUAUAUUAAAGUUAUAGUUAUGCAAUCAUAAUCGCACGUAAAGGAGAUUUUGCAUUAGUAGGGGUAAUAUGCAAUGCGUUUUCGCAUAACUAAGUCCAAUCGUAUGUUUGUAGCUAAGCUAUAACGUCAAGUGAUCAAUGGAACAUCGCACAUCGCGCUCGCGCUGUUGUACGUUCUGUACUCGAUAAAUAUUACUUCGUUAUUCUUUCGAAUGUUUAUUAAUACGUUAAUGAAAAAAUAGUAUAAUUAAUGAAGUAUAGUACAAGAAUAAAUAAAAAAUGACGAGCUUCAUUUUCUUUUCGUCUAUUCUUGUGUUUUAAUAUCGAUUUUAUGGUAUAAUUAAUUUGUGUAAUGGACCAGCCUGUCAUGUAGACACAAUCAUUUAAACGAGAGUUUAUAUUAUAGAUUAAUCAUGAGUUCGCAACCAAUAGUGGUACCUGGUGGAGAUCAUCGAAUACAAUCAGAUGCUCAUUCUGUACCUGCUGGAUGUACUUCAGAUACAUUUAAGACUAUGACACCGCCUAAUGUUAGUCGGUCUCUGAGCAACCAACCUAAAUAUAUAGAACCAGUGGAUCAACAACUUCGACCAAGCAGUGUCCAUGUACAACCAAUGCCCUUAACAAAACUUCCAUCAACUGAAUCACUUACAACAAGUGUAACUAUUACAACUGGCCCAGUUCCUGUAUCUCCAGGUUUAUCUAUGACAGGAGAGAACAGUCAAAAAACAGAUAAUACAUCAGAUAAGUCAAUGGAUUCCUGCAAAUUGACGCGGAAAGAAUCUUAUAAAGCACAAAGAAAAAAUUAUCGAAUGGAAAAGAAACGAGUUGCAAAUGAACUUCUUAGUUCAUUUAAAGAUCCAACUGUUAUUGUAAUGAGUGACUGGCUUAAAGUUAGAGGAACAUUAAAAAGCUGGACAAAGUUAUGGUGUAUUCUUAAACCUGGCUUAUUAUUAUUAUAUAAAAGUCCAAAAAUAAAAAGUAAUCAUUGGGUUGGAACUGUUUUGUUGAAUACAUGUCAAGUGAUAGAGAGACCUAGUAAAAAGGAUGGAUUCUGUUUUAAACUUUUUCAUCCUUUAGAGCAAUCUAUUUGGGCUCCUCGAGGACCAGAAAAUGAAGCAAUUGGAGCUGUGGUACAACCUUUACCAACUUCUUACUUAAUCUUUAGAGCACCAUCACAAGCUGCUGGUAAAUGCUGGUUGGAUGCACUUGAACUUUCUUUAAGAUGCUCUUCACUAAUUGUACGUUCAACUAGUGCAUUGCCGCGUUCUUUACAUCAUGAUGCAACAACUACUCAUGAAACUCAAUGGAGUGAAGCAGAUUAUGAAAAACAUUUUGAUGAACAUGAAUACAAGACCCAUGAGGUAGUAACGCUAGAACCUGUAUACGCCUCACAUACAGACCUGGAUGAUAUCAGCCAGCCAGAAAAUGGAGUCGCAGCCGAUGCCGAAAUCAGUGCUUCGGAUAGUGAAUCUGAGGGUUCUGCAAAAGAAGAUCCAUCGGACACAAUUAAUGAAACUCCAUAUGUAUCUAAUGAAAGUGAAGUUCUUGGAUCAGCUGGCGAAGUAGUAACAGUAUUGCAGGAAGAACAAAAAUCAUUAAUAUGGUUUUUAAUGAAACAAGCACGACCUGGAAUGGAUCUAUCUAAAGUAGUAUUACCUACUUUUAUAUUAGAACCUCGAUCUUUCUUAGAAAAAUUAGCUGACUCUUAUUAUCAUGCUGAUCUUUUAUCAGAAGCAGUAAUAGAAGAUGAUGCAUUUACACGUAUGAAAGCAGUUGUAAAAUGGUAUUUAUCUGGUUUUUAUAAAAAACCUCAAGGACUGAAGAAACCAUACAAUCCACUUUUAGGUGAAACAUUUCGUUGUUAUUGGCAACAUCCUAAUGGUUCAAGAACAUUCUACUUAGCAGAACAAUUGUCUCAUCAUCCGCCUAUAUCAGGAUUUUAUGUAACAAAUCGUCAAGAUGGAUAUACGAUUAGUGCUACAAUUAUUGCUAAAUCUAAAUUUUAUGGUAAUUCAACAUCAGCAAUUUUAGAUGGUGUUGCAAUAUUAACGAUGUUACCCAGAGGUGAAGAUUAUACAAUGACAAUUCCUUAUGCACAUUGUAAAGGUAUUCUUGUGGGAACAUUAUCUAUGGAACUUGGUGGAAAAAUAGAUAUUGAAUGUGAGAAAACUCGUUACCAUACUGAAUUAGAAUUUAAACUUAAGCCGUUUCUUGGAGGAGCAGAACAGAUGAAUCAAGUAGUAGGAAGAAUACGUUUAGGAAAAGAGACCCUUGCUACUAUUUCAGGAUAUUGGGAUGGACAAAUUAUGAUUACUGAUAAACGAACUGGACAAGAAAGUGUAUUUUUUAAUCCGACUUCAGAAGUACGUAAAAGAAGAUUGAAGAAAUAUACUGUGCCUCUUGAAUAUCAAGGUCCAUGGGAAAGUGAAAAAUUAUGGCUUGCUGUUACACAAGCAAUCAAUCGAGAUGAUCAAUUUGCUGCUACCGAAGCAAAAACUCAACUAGAAGAAGCUCAAAGAGAACGAGCGAAAGAACGCAAAAGUACUGGUCAAGAAUGGGUUCCUAAGUAUUUUGUACAGGAUAUUAUAACAGGUAAUUGGGUUUAUAGACAUGCAGAUGCUCGGCCAUGGGAUCCUAGAAAUGAUGUAAUACAAUAUGAGCAUGAUUAUAUCAUACGCACAAAAACAAGACAUAAAACACCGAUAAUGCGUACUGGUAGUAUUGUUUCUACAGAUCCUCAAACACAGAUGCCAUUACUUCAAGCUGAGUCUCGUUCAUCGCUAUCUGUAUUAAAAUCUUCAAAACGGCAAUUGUCCAAUAAUUUACCUCUUACAGAAACUGCACAUGAUUCAGGUAGUUCAUCUGCCGAAUUACAUUCAGACUCUAGUCAAUCUGUUGGCAAAAGAAGACGAGCAACAACAAGAUUAUUGGAUAUUACAAAAGAUAUAGAUAAUCAAUUAUCAGAAUAUGGUGAAAAACUUAAUCGUAUUCAACACUUAAUUGAACAACUUGCUGUAAGGCAAAGAGCACAAAUAGAACAACAACAUCAUAUAAAUGUACUAAAAAGUUUUUUGGAUACUAUUCUUGUUAUUGUAGUUGUCUUCCUUGUGCAGUACUUCAUGAAAAUAUGGAAUACAGGACCUAAUACAAGUUGAAAUAAUUUUUACAGUGUUCUGUAUAUUACGUAACUAUUUACAUAUAGUAAAAUAAAAAAAUCAGCUUUUUAUUUU